GUUAACCUAGCCGUAUCUUGGCGUGGCAACACUCGGAAGAGAACCUUCCUUUGGUGUGUUUGCAGCCACGGCGGUGUCAGGUUAUCCCAUACAUGUCCUUCCAUCUGGCUAUAGCCUCCAUUCUGUUCGUCUGGUCAGAUUAGCUUCCAAUUCAUCGUUCAUCUACAUUCAGGAUACAUACCAUGACACACAAAGUUAAUUCAUAUGCGGGGUGUCCAGAAUACACACCUGAAAGAUAUCUUGCGAAGAAAAGCAAACACCCGAUUUUACAUUGUGGCUGAUUUGAUGUAUACUAAGAUGGUUUAAUGCAACACAUAGAAAAGUUAAAGAGUUUCAAGGACGGUUGCUCCCUUUUCUGUGUUCAAUUCAGCCCUUUGAUUAUUCCAAUUGCCAAAUUCAAGGAGAGCUUGUAAUUCAACCGCCCUAAAUGGUCAUUGAUCAACGAUUUGAGUUAAUUCUAACUUUGGUCUUGUGGCUUUCACAUUGCAUUUAUGCAAUUAUUAUUGAUACUAUUGUUUCUUUUGAGAUGGAGGGAGUAUAAAGUUAUUUUUUCUGGGAUAACAAGAAUGCCCAAGUAAGAAUGAGGCUGCAGAUCUCAAGAAUGAGAAUAUGGUUUCUUCUAGGGUGGUUGACCCCUUUUGCUAGCCCAUUUCCAAAAGUGUUUAUGAUCAACAGCCCUCUAUCUCUCGUUGAAAACAACAAUAACUCCUGUGUGUGUAUAUAUAUGUACGUAUUUGUAUCUGUGUUUGCACGUGCAGUUCACACAACAAAAACAACAACCCAGUUAAAUUCCACAAGAGUAGGGUCUGGGGAGGGUGUGUGUACGCAGACCUUGCCCCUACUCGAAAGUAGAGAGGCUGUUUCCAAAGAGACCCCUGGCUCAACAUCGAAAGUUGCAGUGUUUGACUAACUGCUACUUCAUUAAUUAAAGAAGCGCAGAUAGUUUAGAGAUCCAUUUUGAUUUAUUCCAUCACACCCCAAAGCCAAAAAAUGGUGAAAUUUUGACUCCAUCGGAGAUGAUGGAAAAAUACACAUACCCGCUAUUUCAAAGUUUUUGAUUGCACCCCGCCGCUAUAAAAUACUUAACACUUCAAAUGUUUUUGUGUUAUUAUUUAACACUUAGAGAAAAUAAAAAGUCACAAAAUAAUAUAUUUCUAACAAUCUAAGCUGACUGAUCGGGCACUGAGGUUAACCUGGCUGUAUCUUGGCGGGGCAACAUGGAAAAGAACUUGCAUUUUAUGUGUUUGCAGCCAUGGCGGUGUCAGAUUAUCCCCCACAUGUGCCUCCAUUUGGCUCUAGCAUCUUCUUUGACAAUUCAUCAUUUUUCCACAGGUAUUUUUUUCUACUCUCCAAGACGACACCUUCAGUGUUCUUUGCUUCAGCUUGUACCCUUGUGAAACAUUUUCGUGCAGAGAUUAGGGCUUUUCUAGAACGCACUGAGGAGAUUAUGAGUUUUAGUGGGUGGUUGCUCCCCUUCUGUGUUGUUCAUUUCAGCCUAUGAUUUAGUCAACAACCCAAAAAAACCCAAAAAAAUAUGAGCAUUCUUAUUCUAUUUUUUCCUACUAUUACAUUGCAUUUAUGCAGUAAUGUUAUUUUGAGGCGAAGGGAGUACAAAUCUUAAUUACAUAAAAACACGUGAAUUGCUAUAAUGCUGAACCGUAAUAUUUAUAUUUGAGGCUGUGAUCAUGUUUUUAUUAUGUUUUACAGGUAUAUGAAAAUAUAAUAUAAUAAAAAAUAUUUGAGGCGAGGCAACUCCUAAAUUAGUGUGGCAUUUGUUUCCUUGAAGCCAUAGGUUCCUCUGCUGUUAUUCUGAAAGGGAAAAUGUAAUCUGAGCCUCAUGUGCUAAGACACAAUGAAAUCAAAGGCAGUUCAUCCCAUUAUCAAACAAAAAUCAAGUAUUUAUUCGAUGCUGAGGAAAAAUUUUAUACUCGAAAGGUUGAUCUUUUGAUUGAGUUGGUUCUAUAAUAAUUUCAACUGUCCAGAUAUAUGAAACACCCCCUUUAGAUGUGUUUAUCUUUGAUCUCUUUUGGUCUGAUUUUCAUGUUUGAGACAAGUAUCAGCAAUUACCACUACUCACUCUUUUGAUUCGAUUUUCACAUAUAAGACGAGUAUUAACGGUGUUGAUAUCCUUUAGCAUUUACAUACGGAGUUAAUUCAUAUGCAAGGCAUCCACUACUCACUCUUUUGAUUCGAUUUUCACAUAUAAGACGAGUAUUAACGGUGUUGAUAUCCUUUAGCAUUUACAUACGGAGUUAAUUCAUAUGCAAGGCAUGUCUAUGAUACACACUUUUUUACAUUGUGUUUGAUUUGAUGUUUAUCAAGAGGUUUUUAUGUAACACAUAGAAAAGGUAAUGAGUUUUGAAGGGUGGUUGCUCCCUUUGCUAUGUGUUCAAUAAAUCCCUAUGAUAUUUACAGUUGUCAAAAUCCAGGCAAGCUUGUAAUUCAACAGCCCUAAAUGGUCAUUGAUCAACAACAAUUCUGUUUUUGGUCUUCUGGCUAUUACAAUGCAUUUAUGCAGAUCCUUUGGAGACCGAGGGAGUAUAUACUUACUACGUAUUUUUCUGGGAUUUCUGGGAUAACCAAAAUGCCUUACACCAUUAUAUUCAAACUUGAGGCAGUGAUGAUCAUUUUGCUAUUAUAUAAUAGAAGAUAGACUUUUUUAGGCGACCACUAUCUUGGCAUGGCAAUUGUUUUCUUGCAGCCAUGGUGUGUUGUCUGGGUGUUACAAUUGCAGCAUGGCAAUUUUUUUCUGAGCCUCAUAUAGUAAGCUGAAUCCAUAUAAAAUGUUUGUGUGUGUAUCAAUGAUGACUCACUGUCAACAUUACCUUUUGGAAAAGAACCAGAGAAGUUGUUUCCAUUAGCCCCUAUGAAAAGAAAAAAAAAUGAUGAAAGUGGGAAGAUUGAGAACAUGCUAGUGAAAUACCACAAAAAGUAGGGCCCAAGGAGGGUAUGUAUGCAAAUCUUACCACUACUAUUGUACUAGGAAGUAGAGAGGCUGUUUCCAAGAGACCCCGGCUCAAAAAUGAAAGUGAGACUGAAACCCCCACAAAUUACUCUCUCUAGCCAUACACACGUGAUUUCUAGCCUCUUUGGUGCUAAUCGGUGUUGUGAUGAUAUUACAUUUCUUCUCAGCUGAUUGAUCAGACACUUGGAUUAACCUAUCCGUAUCUUGGCGGGGCAACACUCGAAUGAUGUGUUUGCAGCCAUGGCGGUGCCCAUGGUUGGUUGAUCCCUUUUUAUGUGUUUUUCAUUUCAGCCUAUAAUUUAUUCAAAAACCUGAAAUGACAUUAAACAAGGAUCAGUCGU